CACUCGCUCAGUCCCUCACUACAGUGUCCCUCUUUAGGUUUCUACGAGAGCUUUGUGGGCACCUGUACACAAGAGUGUUGUUUAAACAGAAGCAAAACAUUUGUGCUUACUUCACUGGAGGAUAAUUAAUCAAACAAUUAGUGUGUUUUAUUGGUUGAUUUUUUUUUUCCUCAGUACAGUAAUCAUGGGCUGGAUUCUGCACUCGAUGUCUCUUCUCAGUGGACUCUUUAGUUAUGUGGCAGCAACUCAAGACUGUGGCACAUGCUAUCAGCUAAACAUGGGGGUUGUUAUUGGUAUCAUUACCUGCGAUAUAAUCCUCACACUUCUUAUUACUAUCUCCGUCUACUGUUUUGUGUCGCGGGAGAAAAGGAAGAAUAGCUUGCAUGCAUGUAAGAACUCCAGUGAAACAGACAAAGGAAAAUUUCGCCAGUCGUCAAGCAGACCAAAGGAGGUGGAAAUUACAGAGUCACCUUAUCAGGAGUUAUAUGGAGUACAGUCAGAUAUUUACAGUGAUCUUCACCAGUAUCGGAAAUAAUGCUUCUACAGGUGAAAGGAUUGCAACGAUUUAGAAACUGACAAGCUCCACAAUGCAGGUUUAGAUAUUGCUGUCCUUUCAAUGUCCUUUCUAUAAGUCUGUUACUUUGAAUCUUUGACUUUUGAAAUAUAACCAUUCAAUGUUUAGUCAGUGUGUGCCUGAGACAGCAUGUGUGAUUGGGCGAAAAAGCGUAAAGGACAAGGCUGAGACUCCAGGAAGUAAAUAUACAAGCCAAAUAUGGAUAAUAUGAACAUUGGCUUUUAUAGUAAUCCUUUUGUUUAUUUCACCUUAAUCUUUGUGUCAUGUAGCCAAAUAUGUAUCUAAUGUAAACCAUUGUAGCAGUUUGUAUAGAAUAUGUAUCAAAAUGAUUAAAAAUAUUUG